UCCCAAAAGUGCACGCGGCCAUGACACCUGCGAAUGCGCGUAGCCUGUCGGGCUUCGGUGCGGAUCUAGACCGGCGACCUACCGUAUUCGUGCCGGAAUUGCCUGCCAGAAACUUCUGCUCAUUGUGUGGCCUGCUGCCCGCAGCGUCCUUCAUGCUUCCCUGCAAGCACUUGCUUUGCGGAUCGUGUUUCUACCAGAGCAGCCAAAUGGGCUAUCAUUGCCCCGUGGACAGGCGAGCGUUCAGGCAGGAGGAGGUAGUUCGCAUGCUCAUCGAGAGGGACGCCAUUCUCGGCUUGAGGAUACGCUGCUGGAACGCGGGAAACGGCUGUGCCGCUGAGGACGCCGUUUCCGUCAUGCUGGACCACUUUGUCAUCGCGUGCAAGUUUCACACUGUGAACUGCCCUACAUGUGACAAGAAAGUUUUGCAUCGGGAACUUCCGCGUCACGUGAUGUCGCGCUGCGCAGCCACCUGCUCUCUUGGAAAGUGCGACAAGAGCAGCCCUGCUAGCAGCUUUCACGAAGGGGAGGAAGAGCUGGAGAAAGCAUCGCGAAUGAACGCUGCUUUACAGCGGAAUCUCGCAACGGUCGAGAUGAGGACUAUCUACGAGAUGAAGAGAACGAUCGAUCACAUAUCGGCGACCCUAUACCGUGUGAAAGCUGAAGCCGCACAAAGCAAGUGCACCUCGUGCGGUUCGCACAUGAAUUCCUUGAUCUGUAAAAUUGCACGUAUCGUUACAACAAAUAUGAACGCCUUCAUGACGACGUUGCAGCGUAAGUCUUAUCAUGACGUGGAGUCGUUAAAUGAUUCAGCUCACGAAGCAGUGGGCGAUCACACCAAGAAUAUUGCAUCUACCGCUCCUACCAUCUUGAAAUUGCCAACCUCGACAUGCCCUGGAACAACCAACGUAAUCCCGGUGCAAAAGACAAGCGCUGAAGAGCCUCAUGUGCCAGGUCGAAAACUCCCGGUGAAAAAUUCGCAACUGUCGCUUCUGGGUCCACACGAAACUAGCCUCAGUAAUUUUCAAGAAUGCUGCGAAUGCAUCAUAGAGAACUGGGCAAGUUUCAGUGCAGGCACUGCUGUAGCUGACAUUCGAAACGGCCGGUGCGCAUGUGGUACGGCGAUUAACGCAUACGGUUUCUUGCUUGUUCCAAGGACGUGUGCGUCUGGCGGAAAACGUCGGAUUUAUUUCACCGUGUGUGCGUUCAAGGGUUUCUUUGGUACCACACACGAGGUUCCGAUGGAUUCAGUGUUGCGAAUACGGCUGGUUGGCAGCGCAACUGAUAGAGCAAAAGAUUUGGGCGUGAAAGAAGAACUUUCUUGGUCGAAAACGAGCUCCCCGCAGAAGAUUAUGGGGGAGGAAGUGCUUUACUUUUCCACCAGCAAGCAAUCCCUGAUCGCCAGAGCUGUAGAAGAGCGUGGCUUUGUCUCGGACGACAAAGUUCAGCUACGUUUCAGCGUGACACGUUGGUAGCUGAUUGGUUUCGUAGCACUGGCCGAGCCUCAAGUAUCAUCUCAUCACAUCCUGCUCAUUAAAAACCACCCUGUGUACGUAUCCGGUGAAGAAACUCCUACUUGUUUGCUUUCGCUUAUAGAAAGCGAUGGCAAUAGUCAGCAGCUUGACCCAUGCGCAUGCGUGAAGUGACUGCUAUUUCAUGGACGAGACAUUCAUUUUUGUCGGCCUAGGAUGACUACAUGAUGUGCUCAAUUACGUGUUAUUAAGCUGGCCUUGCAUAUCUAGCAGCAUAUGUAAGUGGAAUAAAGAAUUAGGCAAACGAA